CAAAAAAGUAUGUUUCAGUAUCCACUGGACUCUAAAGGUUAUCAGAUUCUUGAUGAAAUUGGUCGAGGAGCCAGUGCAAUUGUCUACAAGGCCAUCUGUCUUCCCAUGAACUCUUCAACUGUGGCUAUCAAAUCCAUUGAUCUUGAUCAAGCUAAAGCAGAUUUUGACAAUGUCAGACGUGAAGCCAAAAUCAUGUCACUUCUUUCCCAUCCUAAUAUCCUUAAAGCCCAUUGCUUUUUCACCGUUGAUCGUCGUCUUUGGGUGGUGAUGCCAUUCAUGUCUGGCGGUUCUCUUCAGUCCAUCAUCACCUCUAAUUUCCCUGAUGGAUUACCUGAGCCAUGCAUUGCUGCGGUUCUUAAAGAAACCCUUUCUGCUUUAUCAUAUCUUCAUGAUCAGGGCCAUAUCCACAGAGAUGUCAAGGCUGGAAAUAUUUUGAUGGACUCAAAUGGUUCGGUGAAGCUUGCUGAUUUUGGUGUAUCCGCUUCGAUUUAUGAAUCAAGCUCAUCUUAUGGACCGUUACAAGGUUCUCCUUCAUCAAAUUUGAUGCUGACCGAUGUUGCUGGAACCCCUUAUUGGAUGGCACCAGAAGUAAUUCACUCACAUACGGGUUAUAGUUUUAAGGCCGAUAUAUGGUCUUUUGGGAUUACUGCAUUGGAAUUAGCCCAUGGAAGGCCUCCUCUGUCCAAUCUUCCUCCUUCGAAGUCUUUGCUGAUGAAGAUUACCAAGCAAUUCCGGUUCUCUGAUUAUGCUAAGUUUCAUGAAAGUAAGAAAAAGAAGUUUUCAAAGUCUUUCAAGGACAUGGUGGGAUUAUGUCUCGAUCAAGAUCCAUCAAGAAGGCCUUCUGCUGAUAAAUUGUUGAAGCAUUCAUUUUUCAGGUACUGCAAAGGUCCCGAUUUUUUGGUCAAGAAUGUUCUUCAUGGUCUGCCCACCGUGGAACAAAGGUUUCGGCAGUCGAAAAUUCAGAGACUACUGUCCUUGAAUAAAACUGAGGAGGAAGAUGAGGAAGAUUCAUUGAGGGAAAAUACCAAGCAAAGAAGAAUCAGUGGUUGGAACUUUAAUGUGGAGGAUUUCGAAUUGAACCCUGUUUUUCCAAAUGAGAAAGAAGAAGACAGCAUUGUAAAACAAGUCCGAUUUGGAGGUGAAACUAUUAUACAAGAGAAGGGAGGGGACACAGAUGGAUCAAUUUCAAAUAAUUCUCCAGGGCAGACUGUGAGUGUGGCUGGAACUCAGAUUUUGUCUGAUCAAGUCUCUGAGGUUUCUGAUGAUUUGGUGCAAAAUGUUGGGAGCACUAGUGAGGCUGAAUCUGUGAUUAGCGCCAGUGAUCAGGGUAGUGUGGAUGGAGAAAUGAUAUUGAGUAGCCUCUUGUUCCUGAAGAAGAGUUUGGAGGAUCAAAGGAAUGAGGUGAUGACCAUGAUUGGCUUGAUACAGGGGAAAAAGUUCACAGAAAUGAGCAGGGAAGAGCAGCUGAUGCAAGUGAUUGAGAAGAUGAAGGUGGAGUUGGAGAAUGAGAAGAAGAAGAAUGCUGCACUGGAAUUAGAAUUGGAGUUUCUGAAGUUGCAAUACAGCAGUGGACAGUAAUAUGAUUAAGCUGUAUUUAGUUCUCUAUGGGGAUUUGAAUCAAUUUCUAUGCAGUACAUGGUUUAUUCCACUCCAAAUCCAGCUGCCAUAGAGAACCAUAUAGAACCUUAUUUUCAUAUUCUAGGCGAUCUCCUUUUAAAACUCCUAUAUGAUGUUACCAGUUAAAAUUGAUUUAGUCAAUUUCAUAUUGGUUUGAUUGUUAGUACAAUUUAGUUCCAAAACGUCAGUGAUCAUUGUCGACCAAAAUUUGUCAAAUCACCUCAAGAAUCAAUGCAGAUUACAAGAUGUUUGGUCAUUUCA